AUGACUUCAAAGCAGGAAGAUGCUGCCUUGAACAAUUUUCUCCAGUUCAUUGAAGACAAGGGACUGAGGGCUUACGAUGCCUUGGUGAUUCAGAAUGCCUCAGACAUUGCUCGUGAAAAUGAUCGCAUGCGAAGUGAAACAAAUCUGGCAUACCUCAAAGAAAAAAGUGAAAGAAGGUUGAGGCAAGAGGAAGCAAUAAAACGAUUAGGUGCCGAGGUUGGGAAAGGAAGUGAAGGCACCUGCAUGGGAAAACACUUUCGUUUGGGAUUCAUGACGCUGCCUGCUCCUCAGGACCGCCUGCCACAUCCCUGUGCCAGUGGCUUUUCUGUCAGGUCUCAGUCACUUCACUCUGUUGGAGGUGGCGAUGAUGAAAGUCACACCUGUACUCGCAAACAGCCACCGCCGAAACCCAAGCGAGAUCCAAGUACCAAGCUCAGUAUCUCAGCUGAAACCGUCAAUGUGGGAUUUGUAGCAAUGUCAGCAACAGGAGGAACACCAGGAGAGACAGAGGUUUCGACAAAACCCAGACCUCACAGCGAUGAGUACGGGAAGAAGAUCCCCCCUCCCAAGCCCAGGCGUGACCCCAACACCCAGCUCAGCACCUCCUUCGAUGAAACCUACGGAGCAAAGCAAGGCAGCAGGAAGACUCCAGCCGGAGGCAGCUCCUGCCAGGGCAGUGAGGAAGAGGAGCCUGUCUACAUCGAAAUGGUCGGGAAUAUAUUACGGGAUGUUAAAAGGGACGAUGAUGAUCAAAGUGAAGCAGUUUAUGAAGAAAUGAAGUAUCCAAUGUUUGAUGAGGUGGCCCAAGGCCCUAAGUGGGUCAGUGCAGCCAAUACCGAUCCUCAUUCUCAGUGUGCCACUCCCACUGUACCUGACCUGGAAAUUACUAAGUCUUCAGUGCCAUCGACUCCAAAGGGCUUAUUUUGUGAGAUUCCACCUCCAUUUCCAAACCUGCUUCCUCAUCGCCCCCCUCUGCUGGUGUUUCCCCCUGCUCCCACACAGUGCUCCCCAGCCUCUGACGAGUCCCCUUUGACCCCACUCGAAGUUACAAAACUACCAGUGCUGGAAACCAGUAUAUCGUACAUCAAGCAGGCCGGAGCCUCACCUUCGUCCCUGCCAGCUCAGGCAGCUGGGUACCAGAAAGUUGAGAAAGACCUGCCCCCUUCCCAUGGGAUAAGUGCAAGUGUCAGGCCCUCCUCUCCACCCCUCCCAUCAACACUUUACAGGACACCGUCACCUCAUAGUCUUCAAGGUCACUUUAGCCACUCCCUAUCCCCAUCUCCAGUCACCAUGGGGCGCUCCAUGACUCCUUCAGGUCUCAAAAGACCCCCACCCUAUGAGUCCAUCCAUCCAACACCAAGAUGUUCCUCUGCAGUGCCUCAGUCUACAUCGAAAGGCCCGAUACAGGAAGGAGGCAAGACAGGAAACUCUUCAACAUCUCACAGUGGGACCCGAUCCCGAACACCAACCAGUCCCCUGGAAGAACUCAGUUGUCUCUUUACCUCCGGAAGGAGUCUGCUGAGGAAAUCUGCCAGUGGCAGGAAAUCCAAGGAACCCCUGGAAAAACCAGGGGAGGAGCUGAAGGGCCGAGGCUUUAGCAAUGAGCUGGUGUCAAAGUCUGACAGCAAAGAGAAAGGGGCUCAUGGUGCUUCAGGAGAACCAAUCAAAUCUCAGGAAUGGGAUGGGAGCCCGAGGACAGCAGCACCAGGGUCAAGUCGAUUCGGGAGGUCCUCCGUCAGUCCGACUCAGAUGGCAGGACACAGCAGCUCAGAGAACACCCAGUCAGAGACCAAGGUGAGCUGUAAGCUGGGCCGAUCUGCUUCCACCUCAGGUGUGCCUCCUCCAACCACUGCUCCUCUCAGGCAGUCCAGUGAGACCCAACAGAGCCAGGUACCAUCGCUACAAUGGUUCUAUGGAGACAGCACAAUACUCGAAAUGAUUGAGAAGAAGCGAUGUCUGUGCAAAGAGAUCAAGUCCCGGCAGAAGCCGGAUAAAGGUCUUUGUAAACAGGACAGCAUGCCCAUCCUUCCCAGCUGGAGGAAAAACAGCAUGACAAAGAACCUGAAACUGACAGCAUCUCCCUGUCCCAAACAACAGAGUGUCCUGUGGGACACAGCCAUCUGA